UCUCCCUCCUCCCCCCACCCCCCUCCCCAGCAUCAUUUUUCUGAACGUGAAAUAUUCCGAGCUGCACCCUUAGUUGGAAAGCCCGCCCCGAGAGCGAGACGGAGACCCGGUGUGUGGGACCCCGGUGUGAUUGUAUAAUAAUGAUGAUAUAAUGCUAAUGACGAUGAUGACACCGCCUUUUAUUUUUACCCCAGUGCUGAGAAAGCAUGGCCACAGCUGGGGGUGAAGCCCUUGAAACAUUUGAUGUAUGGGGAGGAGAUGCUGUUGCUUUUGGAGUUGUGGUUUUUAUUUGGAAAGAUAGGCUUUUUAGAAUUAAAAUGUGGCAAUAUGUAACCUGACUUUUUUUUUUUAAGUCCUUUAGAGCCAAUUGUAGUAAAACGGGUACUAGCCGCUGCCUUGACGAAUGAAAAGUUAAACGCUUUUACCUGGGUAUAAUUCCAUGAGUUAAGUCACCUUUUUUUCCCCUUUGAAUUUCUCAACAGUUUUUUUUUAAAAAUGAAGAAGUUUAAUUUCCGAAAAGUUUUGGACGGCUUCACUGCCUCCUCCCCUGGCAGUGGGAGCAGCGGCGGCAGUAACAGUGGCGGUGGGGCUGGCAGCGGCGCCCCGCACUCGGGAGGGCCCGCAGGGCUUCUCCGAGAAGAGAUUCAGGAGUCCCUGACCUCGGAGUAUUUCCAGAUUUGCAAGACAGUUCGGCAUGGUUUUCCUUAUCAGCCCACAGCAUUAGCUUUUGAUCCAGUUCAGAAAAUCUUGGCUAUUGGGACGAGAACAGGUGCUAUACGAAUACUUGGGAGACCUGGUGUUGAUUGUUAUUGCCAACAUGAAAGUGGUGCAGCUGUCCUGCAGCUCCAAUUCUUGAUCAAUGAGGGUGCUUUGGUCAGUGCAGGUUCAGAUGAUACACUUCAUUUGUGGAACCUUAGACAAAAAAGACCAGCUAUUCUUCAUUCUCUUAAAUUUAAUCGAGAACGAAUUACUUACUGUCAUCUACCUUUCCAGAGUAAAUGGCUCUAUGUUGGAACAGAAAGAGGAAAUACACAUAUUGUAAAUAUUGAAUCUUUCAUUCUUUCUGGAUAUGUCAUCAUGUGGAACAAGGCAAUUGAACUAUCCACAAAGACUCAUCCAGGUCCAGUUGUACAUUUAAGUGAUAGCCCAAGAGAUGAAGGGAAACUGCUAAUAGGUUAUGAAAACGGUACUGUGGUAUUCUGGGACUUGAAAUCUAAAAGAGCAGAACUGAGACUUUAUUAUGAUGAGGCUAUUCAUUCAAUUGAUUGGCAUCAUGAGGGCAGACAGUUCAUGUGCAGUCAUUCAGAUGGUAGCUUGACUUUAUGGAACCUGAAAAACCCAAGCCGUCCUUUCCAGAUCACAAUUCCACAUGGAAAAAGUCAAAGAGAAGGAAGAAAAUCUGAAUCUUGUAAACCAAUACUUAAAGUAGAAUACAAGACCUGUAGAAACAGCGAACCAUUUAUAAUAUUUUCUGGUGGACUGUCUUAUGACAAAGCUUGCAGAAGACCAAGUUUAACCAUCAUGCAUGGAAAAGCAAUUACAGUACUUGAAAUGGAUCAUCCUAUUGUUGAAUUUCUAACUUUAUGUGAAACACCCUAUCCAAAUGAAUUUCAAGAACCCUAUGCAGUUGUAGUACUUCUGGAGAAAGAUCUCAUUGUAGUUGAUCUGACACAAAGCAACUUUCCAAUCUUUGAAAAUCCGUAUCCCAUGGACAUACACGAAUCACCAGUUACGUGCACAGCGUACUUUGCUGAUUGCCCACCAGAUUUGAUACUAGUACUCUACGCUAUAGGAGUCAAGCAUAAAAAACAAGGAUACAGUAAUAAGGAGUGGCCAAUCACUGGAGGAGCUUGGAACCUUGGGACACAGACAUAUCCAGAAAUUAUUAUUACUGGUCAUGCAGAUGGAUCAAUAAAAUUUUGGGAUGCUUCUGCAAUAACUCUACAGAUGCUGUACAAGCUAAAAACUUCAAAAGUGUUUGAAAAACAGAAAAUAGGAGACGGAAAACAAACAUGUGAAAUUGUAGAGGAAGAUCCAUAUGCCAUUCAGAUGAUUUACUGGUGUCCAGAGAGCAGAAUAUUCUGUGUUUCAGGAGUCUCUGCAUAUGUAAUAAUUUAUAAAUUCAGCAGACAUGAAAUUACAACAGAAAUAGUGUCAUUAGAGGUACGACUUCAGUAUGAUGUUGAAGAUAUUAUUACCCCGGAACCAGAAACAAGUCCUCCAUUUCCAGAUCUUUCAUCUCAGCUUCCUUCUUCAAGGAGUCUUUCCGGGAGCACUAACACUGUGGCUAGUGAAGGAGUAACAAAGGACAGUAUCCCAUGUCUCAAUGUUAAGACACGGCCAGUGCGGAUGCCACCAGGUUAUCAAGCAGAACUUGUUAUUCAGUUGGUGUGGGUGGAUGGUGAACCCCCCCAACAGAUUACUAGUCUUGCUGUAAGCUCAGCAUAUGGAAUAGUUGCAUUUGGGAACUGCAAUGGGUUGGCUGUGGUGGAUUUUAUACAGAAGACAGUACUGUUAAGCAUGGGGACCAUUGACCUAUAUAGAUCAAGUGACUUAUACCAACGACAACCACGGUCUCCUCGAAAAAACAAGCAGUUCAUUGCAGACAACUUUUGCAUGCGUGGCCUGUCUAACUUUUAUCCUGAUUUAACGAAACGGAUCCGUACUUCCUAUCGGAGUUUAACUGAGCUGAAUGACAGUCCAGUCCCCCUGGAACUUGAGCGCUGCAAGUCUCCCACUUCAGGACUUCCUACCAGAACUCCCGAGGCAGCACCUGGCUUUUAUAGGAAUGAAAUACCAGCUGUGAGACAGAGGAAUCAAGUACAUCAUUUGCCAGUUAAAGGAUCAAGAAAGUUAAGUCUGCCAACAGAUCUUAAGGCUGAUCUUGAUAAUGUAAAUGGACACUGCACAAGCCCAACUUCUCAGAGUUGCGGUUCUGGAAAACGCCUCUCCAGCGCUGAUGUUUCCAAAGUAAACCGCUGGGGUCCUGGAAGACCACCUUUUCGAAAAGCACAGUCAGCUGCCUGCAUGGAGAUUUCUUUACCAGUUACAACAGAAGAGAGCCGAGAAAAUUCCUAUAGUCGUUCUAGAAGCUCUAGCAUUUCCAGUAUUGACAAAGACUCCAAAGAAGCAAUUACAGCACUGUACUUCAUGGAGUCCUUCGCUCGGAAAAAUGACUCCACCAUCUCCCCUUGUUUGUUUGUUGGAACUAGUCUGGGGAUGGUGUUAAUCAUGUCCCUGAGCCUCCCUUCAGCAGAGGAACAAAGACUCACAGAGCCAGUCAUGGUAUUGCCAAGCGGUACAUUCCUCUCAUUGAAAGGAGCUGUGUUAACAUUCUCCUGUAUGGAUCGAACUGGUGGAUUAAUGCAACCACCAUAUGAAGUUUGGAGGGACCCAAACAACAUAGAUGAAAAUGAAAAAUCUUGGAGAAGGAAACUGGUCGUGAACUGCCCCUCUCUGUCACAAGAAACAGGAGAUCAUCAGUAUACAAUAAUCUGCUCAGAAAAACAAGCCAAAGUUUUCUCACUGCCUUCUCAGACUUGCCUUUAUGUUCAUAACAUCACCGAGACAUCUUUUAUACUGCAAGCAGAUGUGGUGGUCAUGUGUAACAGUGCCUGCUUGGCAUGCUUUUGUGCCAAUGGGCAUAUCAUGAUAAUGAGCCUGCCUAGUCUUCGCCCAAUGUUGGAUGUUAAUUAUUUGCCACUGACAGACAUGAGGAUAGCACGGACAUUUUGUUUCGCUAAUGAAGGACAGGCAUUAUACCUAGUCUCUCCUACUGAAAUUCAGCGGUUAACGUACAGCCAAGAAAUGUGUGAUAAUCUACAGGACAUGCUAGGAGAUUUGUUUACCCCCAUAGAGACACCAGAAGCUCAGAACAGAGGUUUCCUAAAGGGACUGUUUGGUGGAAGUGGACAAACCUUUGACAGAGAAGAGCUCUUUGGGGAAGCUGCAGCAGGAAAAGCAUCCCGCAGCCUUGCCCAGCACAUUCCUGGCCCGGGCAGCAUAGAAGGGAUGAAAGGCGCUGCAGGCGGGGUGAUGGGAGAGCUGACCAGAGCAAGGAUCGCACUGGACGAGAGGGGGCAGAGGCUAGGAGAGCUGGAGGAGAAAACUGCAGGCAUGAUGACCAGUGCGGAAGCAUUUUCCAAACACGCACAUGAGUUAAUGCUGAAAUAUAAGGAUAAGAAAUGGUACCAAUUCUAAACUUCUAAAGAAGCUGUGACUGCUUUGAGAAACCAUUAUUCAGGGAAACCAAAUUUAAUUCCCAGCAUCACUAUUCAACUGCUAGAAGCCAGUUUCUUCUACAAAAUGUCCAUUACAGUCCAUCUGAAGUUGUCAUAAGAGAGACUUAUCAGAGACACUGUACAACCGAAAGGCUGGAACCCUGGCUAGAAUCCCAAGGUAUAGCUGCAUUUGCCGUUUCCCACGUGGAAUGGAGCUAUCGUCUUGGCAUGUCAUUUGCUAAGGAUUUACAUUUAGGAACUACGGGGAGUCCUCCUGAUUUGAAAAAAUCCUGUACAAACAAAAGCAUUAAUGCGCUUAAUGAAAAAAAUCUUUGCAUGAUAAAUUAACAUCUUAAGAGGAAAAGAAAAAAAGCAUGUUGUGACAGAAGAAAAAAAGAUUAAUGGUAAACUAUUUUUAUAAAUUGGGCCACAUCCGGCAAUUUUAAAAAUCUGCAUUAGAAGUUAUCAGUGCAUUUCUAGUACAUUUACCAUACAACUGAAAAGGAAGAGAAAACAAAACCAAAGUUUUCUUCCCAUCUACAACUUCCAUUAGACUAAAACAUUACUGAAUCCUGGUGGCAAGCGUCUGAUUAACAUUCCUCUCGCUCCAUAAUAUGAUCACUCACAGUUCUUGGUCAUAAUCAAGUAUUGCCAAUACAGUAAAUUAUUGCUAACAGAAUUAUUUCCAUUUCUAUCACUUUCAGAACAAGUUGCUAUUUUUAGUCACAAAUUAUGCAGGGUUUGGGACACCACAAAGCAUUUUUCAGCUGGUUUUGCUCUGCAGGGGAGCUGACUGGUAGGUUUGGGAAACUAGACUGACUCUAGGAACAAUGCAGUUAGCUUUGAGGACUGAUUUCACACACUCUGGUUUCGGUUUCUAAAGUGGUAUAUUCUUAAUGCUCCAUUUGUAUCCUUGUCUGCCAAUUACACAGUAUAUUACUGUUCUUACCCAGGGGUGUGGGGGGGUCUUCAAUCCAAAGGUGCUCUUGCAGCCGGACACUCACAGACCAAACUGGUCAUUCUCUUCAGCAUGAUUCAGUAAAACCUCAGUUAAUGUUUUGGGAAAGGAAUUCUGAUUUAUUACAUUUCUGAUUAAUAAGGGCUUUCAUUAGAAAAUAAUUUUGGUUCAAUACUUAUUAUUGAAAAUCUUUAUAAAAUAUAGUGGUGUUUUUGCUACCUUAGUCACCAUUAUGCACAACAGAAACACAUAGAGAGUUUAAUGAUACAAAACCAAUAAUUCUGUCAUUCAUUAGACUAAAUAAUAUAGAGGGUUAUUGUCAAUAUAUACCAAAUACCUAUCCCUUAUUUAAAAAUGUCUUCAACAUGAAAUAAAGACUAUCCUUCACAUGACAAAAGGCAUCUAUCAUAACUCAACAGAUGACAACUGGAGGGAAGACAAAAUGAGCACACCUGCUGUCAUUAUUUAACCUGAGUCUGGAAGUCAAAAGUCCCAGAAGUGAGUAAAUGCAGAUUCUAAAAAAAAAAAAUUAAUGAGUUUGGCUUAUUUAAUUUUGAUUAAUCAAGAUCUUAUGAGAUAUACAUUUGUGUUUUAAGAAUUCUGCAUUUUCCUGAAGUCAGGUUCUUUUAAGAGCCAAAAAUAGUAUUUCUUGGGUUUUUAAAAAAAAAUUUUUUUAAAUCUUUAGUGCAUUUGAACUGGCACUUCCUUUUAAUGUUCUUAGUCAUUUUGAGAAAAGCCAAGAUGAUUGAAAGAGUCAGCUAAUGUAUGGCAGGAUAGCGCUUCUCAGACUCCUUGAAUUUGCCCGAUGUCUCAUAAAAGCCUCUCCACGAAGCUCUCCAGAUUCCUGUGAACAGUUAGGGUAACAAAACCUGACUUCAAAAUGCAACACGAUACAUAAAGUUAUAUAGUAAAAAUGUUAAAGAAACUUGAGACCAGGAUUUGGGAAACAUUGGUAGUCAAGUUGCAGUGUACUAUUUAUACCAUCUCGUUCAGGGACCCAGUUUUCUGAACAGAUACUUUAUCAUUUCUAUAUUUUUUAAAAAAAACUUAAAAAACUACAAUAUUAGUUUAUUUACGAACAAUGAAAUUCAGUCCAAAGUGGCAUUAAGUACAAUAUCUCUGAAGUCCCCACUAAGAUCUGUUUUAACUUGGUCUAGUUCAGGUGUCUCAGCCGUGGCACUGUUCACUAACUCUUCGUUGUGGGGACUGUAGGAUGUUCAGCAGCAGCCCUGGUCUCUGCCCACCAGAUGCCAGUAGCAACCCCUGAGUAAUAACAAUCAAAAAUGUCUCCAGCCAUUGCCAAAAUUGCUCCCAACUGAGAGCCACUGUUCUAUACAAGGACAGGUUAAGUGUGAAUAUGUAAUAUAUGUCUAGUAUAAAAUUAAACAUCAUAAGUGCACAGUGUCUUAAGAUAAAUUAUUUUACCCAGAAUUACAUGUGUGGUUCAUAUGCAAUAAAAUCCUAUUUUGGAGAAAGCUUAUAUGAAUCAGUAAAAAAUAACAGUUACAGAAUAUUUUAAAGCCUACAGAGAAAAUACCAAAAAAGAACAGCAUAGCAUUUCACAGUAGAAGUGCUUAAAACUCUGGCUUUAAUGAAUAGAUUAAAAGUCUAUAAUUAGCACAAUUGGAAGUAAACAGGUGCUUCUGAGAUGCUUGAAAAGAACAGGUUCUUUUUAAAUUAAUCUUUCAAUAUUAUUUUUAUAAACCCUCACAUAAUGUAAGGGUAACUUUAUCCCACAAACUCCUGAUUAGUGGAAUACAAAUUAAUGAGGUUUUACUGUAUCAAAAUAAUUUUUAUAAUGCAAAGAGAUAGCAAUAACAAGAAUCUAAUGUGGAUGUGAUUUUCUCUUUGAACAUUUCUGUUGCACUCACCUUAGCACACGUGUGUGCAUGUGCUCAUGCGCACGCACACAUACACACACACACACACAGCGUCAGCAUCAGCAUCAUUAUCUUUGGCAGAUGAGUACUAUUGAUCCAUGUAAUUAUAUCUCUCAUAACUGUGUAAAUGUCUUGCCUUUGUCUUAGAACAUAAGAAAAAUAUUCCUGAUAACUUGGACAAUGAUAGAGAAAAUGACUCUGAGCCUUAGUUGUCAUCAAAAUUAUAUUCUAUCUGCGAAGGUGGCAUUGGGAAAUAAGGCUUGCAAACCACAGCCUCUCCAAGUUGCCCUCCUGUCCCUCUGACUCCUUUCUUGUUAUCCCAGGAGAAAAUGGGCCUUUGCACUCCAUUCAUCAUUGGGAACCUAGACGUGUUUGUUUUUCUGGUUCUAAUAAGCAAUAAUUCUUAUCAUGAAAUAAUCCAUUUAUCCUGGAGUUUGGAGGGAAGGAUGACUGAUUUAUCUUUUGUUUUAAUCUUCCACAAAAGCAGUACUACCUAUUUUGCUUCCUACACGUCUCUGAGACCCAGAUUUAGUGCCCCAUUCACCAUCAGGGUCGUUGUCUGACUAACUUUGGAAGGACAGUGGCAGAACUGAAUGAGAUGUUUUCCGGUAAUUCAGUCACAGACAUUUUCAAAUCUUUUCUGUAGCCUUUGAAUGAUGCUCAAGCUAAUAAAUCAGCAUCCAGGCCUCUAGUCCUCAAAGAUCUUAAGGGGUUGAUUAGAAGGGAACAAGUUUACUGCUGGGGUCCUUUGAUGUGACCCAUGUGACUAAAGGUACCAUCUAUCUGCUAUCUGCAUAAAGGAGGACCUUGACUUUGAAAAAGGAAAACAUAUAUAUAUGAAGAGAAUUAAGAUUAGCUCUUUGAGAUACUUGGUUAUAAAAUUUUUGGCAGAAGAAAAAGGAAGAGGGUCUAGAAAAGUAAACUAAAAAUGUUCUCCUUGGUUUGGGAUCACUGGGACAACCAGGAGCAAACCUGUGUGGUUACAGCUGCCUCUGUGGGAAGACAAGGUAACUUGACCACUUGUGCUCAGAAAGGGCAAUGCCGGAGUGGUCAGACAUUCCUGUCUUGCUCUUUGCAUCCGGAGAGGAACAUGAGGGCCUUCACAGCUCCCUCACCUCUGUCCUUUAUAGCCUCCGCCUCAUUUUUGACUAGGUACUAUGUCACAUUCACACUGGCCCACAUGCCAGCAGUACUUGCCAGUAAGCUGUGUAUUUGGAUGCCACCAUCCCUGGGAGCUUGGAUGUCACAUAACAGGUUUAGUGUAUAUAUUUGCAGACAACAUAACCCUGAAAAGAUGAAAGGCAGAAUAGGUAAGGUCUGACUUGGGAAAAGAAGAGGAAGUGCCAAUUGGGGUGGAGUGGGGAGGGACAUGGAAGCCAGAGUGUAGGGAGUGAUUCUUAACCUUGGCUGGACAUAAGAAUCACCUAAGGAGCUUUUAAAAUUCCCAAUUAUAUUGAAAUCUCUCAAUAUAACCAAACAUCAGUGUUUGUUAAAGCCCCCAGGUGGUUUCAGCGUCCAGCCAAGGUUGACCACCACUGCUUCAUGGCCACCUAAGGAAGACACUUUUGUCUACCUGGGUUGGUUUCCAAGCCCCACUUCCAAGGGGCCAGGGAAGGCAAGAUGUAGAAGAUACGGUAUUAGCUGGAUUGAUAUUCAUUUUGUGUCACAACCCAAAACAAAUGUUUUGUGCAAAUUUCUGACCAGCCAGAGCCCCAUUAACUCUUAGCUCUUGUGAUUUUCUCCUAUGCGACUUGGCCAGUAAUUAUUCCCAUUCAAACAUCCAGGUUUUGAUUAUCUUAUACCUAUGACAUCACAAAACAUCAGAAUAUGAGAAAAUCAACAGCAUGUAAAGCUAUGUGGAAAACUAAUUCUCAAUAGUUUCAUAGUGGAAAUGCUCAAAACAAUCUUACUAAAUCAGGUCCAAAUUUAUUACUCAUUCAUCGCUUGGAGGAGAUAUGGGUACCAGGUACCUGUACUGCUAUAGGUAUACUUUACUGGACUUGGGCUUAGCAAGAAGGGAGAACAACUCUUCCUUUUUUUGUUAGCUCCGAGGGUCACUUGGAUCCCUUUUCUUAGUAACUGGACAUGCAUUUCAAGGGAGAAGAAGGCCUAUAACUCACUAUCUGGCCUCCAAUGCCCUGAAAGAGUGCUUUCACCUCCAAAAAGGGAGAGUCCGCCUACCCACGGCAAUAAUACUCAGUGAGAAAACUCACGAGACUUCUCUCCUCUCACACUGCUCCCCUGAGUACUGGCCCACCCUUCUCAGCUGCAAAGUCAGAAAAUAAACUAGGUGAUGGUUAUGGACAAGUGUACACAGGAUCAAAAUCUCUAAUAAACUAUAAUUUUUAGUACUUAAUUAUGUGAUGUUUUAUUCUAGGAAAUAAGAAACAGAUGAUAUCAUUGAUGUAUCUUUCUUUCAUCUUCAGAAUUUUUGCAUCUUUUCAGAAAAUGACAAAAUACUAUUUUUCUGUUUCACUCAGCAAUUGUGACUAUACUUAAAAUUCUUGUAGUCUGUAGAGAUAUCAAUAAAAUUGUAUAUGUUUGUA